UUUCUGCCUUCUUCACACAUCCUUCCUCUCAUUCAUGAUGGAUUUCUCCAACUUUACUAUGAUUCUGCUUGUCAUGUUGAUACUUAUUGCCACUUAUUCUGAUUUACAAUUUGUAGCCUCUCUAAGCAUUACUACUGACAAGGAGGCCUUGAUCUCUUUCAAGUCUCAAAUAAACGUGGAAUCGCCUGAUUCCCCUUUGUCAACUUGGGAUGAAAAUCUUUCUCCAUGCAACUGGACUGGGGUUUUCUGCAACAAACAAAGCCAGCGAGUCGUUCGAGUCGAUCUUUCAAACCUUAGAAUGACUGGUACCAUAAGCCCUCAUGUAGGUAAUCUCUCCUUCCUUACAACGCUUCAGCUACAAAUUAACCAGUUGAAAGGAAAAAUCCCUGAUGAGUUUGGCAAUCUUCCUCGCCUCCGUUUUCUAAACCUGAGUUUCAACAGCCUGGAAGAUGUUGUACCGCGUAAUAUAAGCCAGUGCAAACAGCUCAGAGUCCUGGAUUUGAUGCAAAAUCAGAUUUCAGGACAAAUUCCUGAAGAGAUUAGUUACCUUAAACAGCUCCAAGUUUUGAAUUUGGCUAGAAACGAGCUCUCGGGCUCUAUUCCACCAUCUCUAGCCAACAUUUCUUCCCUCAAUGAUUUGAAUUUAGGCACAAACAAGCUAGGUAACUCAAUACCUUCUGAUUUGUCCCUUCUUCGAAAUCUGAAGUUUCUUGAUCUCACUAUUAAUAAUCUCACUGGUAGUGUUCCUCCCUCAAUAUACAACAUGUCUUCUUUAGUUUAUUUGGCUUUGGCUUCCAAUGACUUGUCUGGUGAUCUUCCUGGAGACGUUGGACUAACACUUCCGAAUCUUCUAGGCUUCAAUUUUUGCUUCAACAAAUUCACGGGUACUAUUCCAUGGUCUUUGCACAAUCUCACAAACAUUCAUGUCAUUAGGAUGGCGCAUAACCUUUUGCACGGGACUAUACCACCAGGACUUGGAAACCUCCCUGACCUAAGACUUUAUAACAUAGGAUUCAAUAGGAUUGUCAGUUCGGGGAAAGAGGGUCUUAAUUUUCUUGAGUUACUGUCUAACAGUACCCGUUUAGACUUUCUCGCCAUUGAUUUCAAUCUUUUUGAGGGCGUAAUUCCAAACUCCAUAGGCAGUCUUUCAAAGGUUCUCACAAAGUUUUACAUGGGUGGAAACAAUAUCUAUGGUACUAUACCUCCCUCAAUUGGUGAGCUUAGGGGCUUACAAUUAUUAAAUUUGAGCUAUAGUUCAGUUUCCGGUAAAAUUCCAGAAGAAAUCGGGCAGUUGACAGAAUUGCAGAUCCUGGGACUGGCAGAUAAUAAUCUCUCUGGCGAAAUCCCAAAUUCUUUAGGCAAUCUGCUAAAAUUGAAUAGGAUUGAUCUAUCCAGGAAUGAGUUGGAGGGUAGCAUACCUACGACUUUUGGAAAUUUUCAAAAUUUAAUUUCCAUGGACUUGUCUGAUAAUAGGCUCAAUGGAAGCAUACCAACGGUAAUUUUCAAACUCCCCAAAUUAAGUGCAUUCCUUAAUCUUUCUCAGAAUUAUCUGACAGGUCCUCUACCGGUAGAAAUUGGGCUCCUGGAAAAUGUAGUGACAAUCAACAUUUCUGACAACAAAAUAUCAGGUAAUAUUUCAGAGUCAGUUGGGAACUGCAAGAGCUUGGAGCAAUUGUUACUUGCCAGAAACACGUUUUCAGGACAAAUUCCAUCCACUUUAGGAGAAGUCAGAGGUUUGGAAAUUCUUGACUUGUCCUCCAACCAGCUCUCUGGGGCAAUUCCACUUGAUCUAGAAAAUUUGAUGUCACUGCAACUCUUAAAUCUCUCCUUCAAUCGGUUGGAAGGAAAAAUUCCGGUUUUUACGAAUUCAAUGAAACUUUAUUUGGAAGGCAACCAAAACCUUUGCCUGGAUUUGGCAUGUAAACAUUUCCAUGUUCGUCGAAGGACUGUUUAUAUCAUAGUAAUCCCCAUUGCAAUAGUAGCACUUUGUUUUGCUGUUGGCUUGCUAUUCUACAUUAGGAAAGGAAAAGGAAUGGUGAAGGGAAAUUUUGAAUCCUUUAGGGGACAGCAUCAAAUGAUUUCUUAUGAUGAGCUCCGACAGGCAACCGAGAAUUUUAAGGAAGAAAAUCUGAUUGGACAAGGAAGUUUUGGAUCCGUUUACAGAGGACUUAUACAAGGAGGAAUUGCAGUUGCCAUUAAGGUUCUUGACACGACUAUGGCUAAAUCCCAGAAGAUCUUUUUAGCAGAAUGUGCAGCUUUGAGAUGUAUUAGGCACCGGAAUCUCGUUAAACUUAUUACUGUAUGCUCCAGCAUAGAUUACAAGAAUGACGGGUUCCUCGCUUUAGUUUUCGAGUUCAUGAGUAAUGGAAACUUGGAUGAUUGGAUAAGAGGAAAAAGAAGGUAUGAAGAUGGGAAGGGAUUGAAUGCUAUGGAUAGACUCAACUUGGCAAUAGGUGUUGCAUCUGCUGUAGAAUAUUUACACAAUGAAACUGGAAUUCCCAUAGUGCACUGUGAUUUGAAGCCAAGCAAUAUUCUCCUGGAUUCAGACAUGACUCCCAAGGUCGGAGAUUUUGGUCUUGCCAAGUUGUUGAUUGAGAGAAAUGAUAAUCAGACAGCCAUCAGUUCUACAUACACUCUGAAGGGGACUAUUGGUUACAUUCCACCAGAAUAUGGCUUCGGGGAGAAGCCAUCCAUUGCCGGAGAUGUGUACAGUUAUGGUAUCCUUCUACUCGAGCUGUUUACGGGGAAGAGCCCCACUGACCAGACUUUCACUGGAGGGCUAAGCCUAAAGAACUGGGUAGAGAAGUCUUUUCCCACCUACUUGGCUCAAGUGCUGGACCCUGUGCUACUUCAAAAUGGGAAAGAUAUUUGGGAUGAGAGCAAAUGCACUAAGCCUGAAAUUCAAGAUGAUUGCCUUGUCACAAUCUUCAAGAUUGGGCUUUCUUGCACUGUUGAUUCUCCCGAUGGGCGCAUCAGCAUGAGAGAUGCUCUUGGCAAACUAAAAGGUGUUAAGGACAUCCUUCAAAAAGCUGAAGGCACUGAAGUACGAAUGACCUAAGUCUUUUGAGGAACACUACUAUGGUGUUUUUCUUCUCAUAUUAUCUGUCUUCGAAAAUAAAUAGUUAUUUUAAUAAUAUUCGAUGUUAUAUUUUACUCA